AACGCCGGUGGAAGUAAUCUGAGUAACUUCUUUAUGCAACAAGGCCAACAUUUUGGGGCCCACGUCAUUGGUUUCCACGGUGGGCUGAUCCAGCGCGGCUCUUCCGGUGGAGACGUGGCUCUGUGCUGCUGCCAUAUUGACGCUAACUAGCUAACAAUCACACAACUAGAAGUCAGCUGUAUAUUCGCACCUUGCCAUUCCAGAGGGACGAGGAAUCACCAAAGCAAGAAACGCGAGAGACUGACGACCGUCGUGCCGUAGAGAGAGACCACAAUGGUGCUGUUGGCAGCGGCGGUGUGCACCAAGGCCGGCAAGGCCAUCGUAUCGCGGCAGUUUGUGGAAAUGACCCGGACACGAAUUGAGGGUCUCCUAGCUGCAUUUCCUAAACUGAUGAACACGGGCAAGCAGCACACCUUUGUGGAAACAGACAGCGUUCGCUAUGUGUACCAGCCACUGGAGAAGCUCUACAUGGUCCUUAUCACCACCAAGAACAGCAACAUCCUGGAGGACCUGGAGACACUCAGACUCUUUUCCCGUGUGAUCCCAGAGUACUGUCGUGUGCUGGAAGAGAGUGAAAUAUCGGAGCACUGUUUUGACCUGAUCUUCGCCUUCGAUGAGAUCGUUGCACUGGGCUACAGAGAGAAUGUCAACUUGGCUCAGAUCCGCACCUUCACAGAGAUGGACUCCCACGAGGAGAAGGUGUUCCGCGCCGUCAGGGAGACUCAGGAGCGCGAAGCCAAGGCAGAGAUGAGGAGGAAGGCCAAGGAGCUGCAGCAGGCCAGGAGGGACGCUGAGCGCUCCGGGAAGAAGGUGCCAGCUUUUGGCGGGUUUGGCAGCGCUGGCAUGACCAGUGUGUCCUCAGGGACCAUCAUCACAGACACCAUCGUCGAGCCAGAGAAGCCCAAGAUCACAGCGGCUCCAGUCAGACCAAGUGGACCUAGUAAGGCUCUGAAACUGGGGGCUAAAGGAAAAGAGGUGGACAACUUUGUUGACAAGCUCAAGUCUGAGGGUGAAACCAUCAUGCCCACCACAGGAAAGAGGGGCUCCGAUGUUUCUAAAGUUCUGCCACCACCAGUCAACAUGGAGAGUGUGCACCUGCGUGUGGAGGAGAAGAUCACAUUGACCUGCGGCCGUGAUGGCGGCCUACAGAACAUGGAGUUGCUGGGUAUGGUGACGCUCCGAGUCACAGACGACAAAUAUGGACGCAUCCGCCUGAUUAUCAAUAACAAUGAUGGCAAAGGAUUGCAACUGCAGACACAUCCUAAUGUGGACAAAAAGUUGUUCACAGCAGAGUCUGUGAUUGGCCUGAAGAACCCAGAGAAGUCCUUCCCUCUUAACAAUGAUGUGGGUGUGCUGAAGUGGAGACUACAAACCACAGACGAGUCCCUCAUACCUCUAACCAUAAACUGCUGGCCGUCAGAGAGUGGGACUGGCUGUGAUGUCAACAUUGAAUAUGAGCUGCAGGAGGAGAACCUUGAGCUCAAUGACGUGGUCAUCAGCAUCCCUGUACCGUCUGGAGUGGGAGCUCCGGUGAUUGGUGAUCUGGAUGGAGAGUACAAACACGACAGCAGGCGAAACAUCCUCGAGUGGUGCCUACCUGUCAUUGAUGCCAACAACAAGACGGGCAGCCUGGAAUUCAGCAUCGCCGGGCAGCCCAAUGACUUCUUUCCUAUCAGCGUGUCCUUUGUGUCUAAGCGCAACUACUGCGACAUCCAGGUUACCAAGGUGACUCACGUAGACGGCGACAGCUCCAUUAGAUUCUCUUCAGAAACCUCCUUUGUCGUCGACAAAUAUGAAAUCCUGUAAACCCGUUCAAAGAAAAAAAAAAUUGAAAAAACAAAAUCACCAACAAAAAAAAAAAAAGUCUAAAUCUAUGCUUCACAGAAAGAUUGAAGAUUUCUCGCCUGCCCACCCUGCAUACUAUAUGAGACUGUGAACAUCGACAGGACUCAGUCAGCCCUGGGGCGAGGCCUCUUCCUGUGGUGGAGCGUAGCAGCGGUGGUGUAUUUAUAUGUUUGUAUGAGAGAGGAUCAUCUAUAUAUAGAGUUAAUUGAACAGGCAAACACACACACACACACACACACACAGAGCAAACUUGUGUCCGCCAAGCAGAACUGUAAACGGGACAAAGUAGAGGAUGACUGCAGGGGUGCAGGAGAGCCUAGCGGUCAGGUAAACCCUGGCAGGUAGACGGGGCCUCUACACUGAGCGCUGGUAGUUUAACUGCCCACCCUGGUGUUCAUGCAUCCUCCACAGCGCUCGCUCGCCGGGAUUCUCGCUCUUUCUUUUCACGUUUCCUAAACUGCAGAAUAGUAGCUGUCUCAGUCAUUAUAAGCCUGACUUUGUUUAAUCACUAAACUGUUGUGAUCUGAUCUCUUGGUAUUGUUCUUCAUUCGUUUUCUUUUGUUUCUCUCUCGUGCUUUGAAUUUUGUUUAUCCCCAGAUUUCUGUACAUGAGGUUAAAAAGGAAAACAUGGCUGUGUACUCAGUAUGUCGCCUGUACUGUGUGAGGUUUAUCAUCAGCAAAGUUCUCCUUUUAUGUUUAAUGUGGAUACAUUUUUACAGUUUGCAGUAUGUUUUUCAUUGUUUGCCACUAAUCUGGAGAUUGACAGUAAAGAGCAGGAUUUUGUGAGGGCCUCUCAGCUGCGCUGUUACCAAAUAGUAAACACAUUUGACUGUUGCAUCUGGAGAAAAUGUUUUUUUUGUUUUUUUUUAUGGUAA